AAAGUUAUCGUAGUUGUGAGUGGCCGCCAUGUUAGUUUACAGGAUGUUGGCGUGCUUUCUUAUUUUAACUUACUUUUAGUGUAAAAAAUAAAUAAAAGAAUGACCACAGUUGCUGUCAGAAGACAGCAGAACGAUUAUGUAGUACCGAGUAGUGCCUCACAGGAAAUUCAGCCGUCCCCGUUGGCGCUUUUGGCCGCAACUUGUAGCAAGAUAGGGUCACCAGUUGAUGAAGGUGGCACCCAGGGUUCAUCAGCCGUCAAAGUGGUGGACCAAAACCAAGUUUCGGAGGGUGGAGAAGUGAUCCCAUCUGAUCUUGGAUCAGCUCAUUUUAUACCAGUGCAAUCUCAAGCUGUAGGACUGUUGAACCCAGACGGAACUGUGACGCAAGUCGCGGGCGUGAACGGACAGUCGACUCAGCCCGCGGCUGUGACUGUGCCUACAGCUGGAAUCAAAUCACUCCCAUCGUCGGAUUCAGUUGGAACUCCAAACUUCCAAAAUGGUGUACCCGUGGCCUCUGUGAACGGUCAGUUAUUUCCACAAAGUACGCAAACGAUCGUUGCCCAGCCUCAAGCAGGAGGAAAUAUUACAUACAGUGUUAUUUCAGCAGACCAACUCCAGAAUUUACAGAUUGAUGGUCAAGGAGCUAUUUUUAUUCCUGGAGGUGUUAACCAUGUGGCUGCAGGACAAACACAACCUAUUCAGAUCAAUGGAAACCAAGCUGUCCUUACUCCAAGUGGGCAAACUUAUAUUCGUACUCAGAAUGUCCAACCACCACCUUCAGCUUCACUUCAGAACAAUAUACUUCAACAAAUACAAGGGAUUCAAGGAGUUGGGAACUUAAACAAUGUUACUUUUUCCCCACUUGGUGGACAGAGUAUGGCUAUUCGUCAAGGAAACAUACUGCAGGCUUUGCAGCUCCCAUUAAACACCAUGCAGCAGACCAUUCCAAUCCAAAUUCCAGUAUCAACAGCUGGAGGUCAGACUGUGCUACAAACUAUUCAUUUGCCUGUUCAGGUUAUGCAGGCUGUUGGAGGAAGCAACAUGUUACCAACAACAGGACAGCCUGCUUCUCAGCAGGUCAUGAAUCAACUUGGUGUAGCACAAGUUCCAACUCAGAUGGCUCAGCUUGUUUCCCAAGGACAGCUUCAACAAGUGCAACUAGGAACUCCUAUUCAAGUGCUUCAGCUAGCUCAGAAUCCAACUCAAAACACAGCUACUUCAACCACUUGGACCACUACUGCACUAACUCCAGUUGUGACAUCUGUUUCUGUGAUAUCUGCAGAAAUGUCUGGUACCAGCCAAAGUCAGACUGUUACUGUUCCAUCUGCUUCAAGUAAUACGUCUGUUGUGUCUGGUGGUCAGUCAGUGAGUGUUCAAAAUCUGCAGCUACCCUCUGGACAAGUUGUCCAGGGUCAUCAGAUGGGUCAGAUUAUAGCCCAAGGAGGGGCUUCCAACUGGUGGCCAUCAUCCGCAAUUAAUGUCUCAAAUGUAAUUGGAUUAAGACCAUCAAAUGUCAUUCAGGUUCAGGGAAUUCAGGGUAUUCCAACAAUGGCUGGGCUACAAAAUAUUCAGAUUCAAGGUCAACAAGGUCAAUACCUAAGCAUCUCUCCAAAUGGAAGUGUCAUUGCUACACCAAGCAUCCAGACUGGAAGUCAGAAUCAAGUAACUGAGCCAGUUAGUCCAAUACAUACAAUACAGACCAUUGGGGGAACACAAGUCAUUGCUCAACACCUUCAACCUGAUCCUAGUGAACCAAUCAAGUGGCAUGUAGUAGAAGCAGUACCUAUCACCACCACAUCUCAUCCCCAGCCGUCCAUCACACAAGCUCAACAAAUAUCCACCUCAUCAUCCGUUACCUCAACUGAUGGUAGCAACACAGAUUAUCCAAGGAGAAUUCGUCGUGUAGCCUGUACUUGCCCUAACUGUCGAGAUGGAGAGGGAAGAAACAGUGAAACAAAGAAGAAACAGCACAUUUGUCAUAUGCCUGGCUGUAAUAAAGUGUAUGGGAAGACAUCUCAUCUUCGAGCACAUCUUCGAUGGCAUACAGGAGAAAGACCAUUUGUAUGCAACUGGUUGUUCUGUGGGAAAUGUUUCACACGUUCUGAUGAACUGCAGCGUCAUAAACGCACACAUACAGGAGAAAAAAGGUUCCAGUGUGCUGAGUGUCUGAAACGCUUCAUGAGAAGUGAUCAUUUAUCCAAACAUUUGAAAACUCAUCAAAGCAAGAAACUCAACCCUUCUUCGGAAGGGAUUGGGGAGGAGGCCAUCUCUGAGAACUGUGAUUUAGUAAUGACAGAAGUUGUAGAAACUGACCAAGAUCCUGAACUUUCAGUCAGUGAACCAACCUUAGAUGGAAACCAGUGAAUCAGUAGUAGGUGAUUAUGUGAAUAACAUAUAUUUGAGUUUGAAUGAUGGAUUUGUAUUGUACAUAGUAUUGUUUCUGAUUUAGAAACAGUUGUUGCAUUUUUAUUUUCUAUUUACACGUACUUGUUCAUGUAACUGUUAUUUUGAAGAUUGAUUUGAAGUGUGGAAAAAAAGAUCAAAACAUGUUUUUAACAGGAUAUAAAGUACAUGAUGAUAACACAUUCAUUAGGUGAUAAUAAACAAAAUGAAUGUUACUUUUUGAAGAGUAGAAGUUAAAAUGUCCUGAACACACUGAACUGUAUUCCACUGUUUGUGACUUAAAAUACACCAUAUUAACAUUUUAUAAAUUAAUAUACAGGACUUACCAAUUAUUAUGUUGCAUUUGCUUUUAUAAUUUUGUGUUGAAGAAGCACAUGUAUAGUUAUAGUAAUAUAGGCAUGUUUGAAACAUUAGUACCGUAAUUACUUCUCGAAGUCAUUGCUAACAGUUACUCUUUCUUUUUGCUUGAAAUCUUUAUUGAUUUUUAUAGUGUGAACUUGCUCUUUUAAUGUUUUUUUUUUGGCUUAAUUUCAUUAUUGAUGUUAAACAGAUUAAUUGGUCAUUAAUGAAUGCUACUUUUGUCAGACUAAGAUGACAUGGUUGUUUAUUGCUUCAGUUUUUAGAAAACAUUUUUUCCUUCAUUUUAUUUUUCUACUAUACUUUCAGAAGGCAUUUAUUUCUUGAUUUCUCAAUCAUAAUGACCAAGAAAUCUUAAUGUUAAUGAAUAUUGUUGCAAAAUAUUAGGUUUCAUUGUAUUCAAUCGGACUAAAUAGAAUAUCUAAUACUUUCAACUUUGUUCGUGGACAUACUCAAUGACACCUUCAAAUAAAAAAUAUUUUUUUCUGUACAAGUAAAUAAUAGUAUGAAGAAGCAAUGAGAAAUUUAUUGACUUUUUUCCUUUGUUCUAUUGUAUAUAAAUUUUCAUCAUUGUUUAGUGUCUACUCCACUAUGAAUUUAAACAUUGAUUUUAGUCCUGUGUUGUUUUUGACAAGGAAAUAAUAAACUUUACUUUAAAAUUAUUGUUUUUAUUAUCUUAGUACAUUAUUAUCCCAAUAAAAAGUUUUAGCAACAGUGUUAAUGUAUAUCCUAUAGAGCUCAACAAAGACUUAUUGCUGAUGCAGAAACUGAGGAAAUAUUCAUCUUACAAAUUUGUAUAACUUACCAAUCCUAAUGAUAAUUAGUUCCAAAUUCUUUAAUACAACUUUAAGUGGUAGAUUAUAUUUUGAAAAUGUAAUUGUAGUUGAAAAUAACCUUUAAUGGUUGAUGAUUAUUCUAGUAAGCAUGUUUCUUUCAAGAAAGAAGUUAUUGGGAUUUUAAAUCCUGAAUUUCUCAAAAAUAUUAUUUUUCCCUUUGGCCUUCUGCAUAAUUGUGUUCAUCUUAUUACUGAGUUCAAAUUUAUUUUGACACCUAUAUUAUUCAAGGCUAUAUAUAAUAAGAUUUGUUUAAACACAUUUUAAUCCCAAGUAUAUAUGCUCCUUGAUCAAUGAUUAAAAACUAUUGCUAAAAGAAAAUUAACUUUGAAAUAUAAUUUACUAGUAAUAGCUCAAAAAUGAGAUACAAGUUGUUUUAUAUUAAUAUCUCUAAUCCUGAUCUGAAGGUGUGCUAUGGAAAUGAAGAACAUAAAUUAAUUUAUUAGACUGAGCUUUAUUGUAAUAGUUAUUUUUCUUCAUUUGAUGGAUUAGGAAAUAACUAAAAUAUUUGAUAAAUGUUAUAUAGUAAAAAUAACAUUUUAAUUUUAUUCCUCCCUUCUUGUAUCUACUUAAGUAUCUGUUAACACUGGCCAUUGUGUGAAGUUUUUGGUCCAUAAGCUGGCUGAAAUAUCAAAUAUUAAUUAGUGAUUUAAAGUUACUUAUGUUUUGUAGCAUAGAUCUAAUCUAAAUUAAUUUCGUUUUUUGUUAAUCAUGUGAAAUGGUAACUUUUAAUAAUUUGUGUGAUACUUGGAGAAAUAGAUUGAAUAUUUUAACAAUGUUCCUUGGCUAUCCUAAAGCAAACCAAAACAGCUGAAAAAUAGGCAAACACCUUUUUCUUAAACUUUUAUUACUGAUUUCUUUAAAGUUGAAUAAAAUUUCUUGUUUGGUAGGUAAGAUUACUGAAUGGUACGACCUGUGAUGAAAAGUUUAGUCUCAUUAGUACUUACUUUAAUUUCUAUUUUGUUGUAAAUAUCCUUGGACUUGAGAACUUUUGUUAAGAUCUAACAAUCAUAUAAUCAUGUAGAAAUGCAACUUAUAGUAAGUGGGUACUGUAGUUGUGUGUUACAGUGGAAAACUUGUUUGAAGUAGAAAUAUAGCUCAUGUUAUAUACACAUUAGAAUGAGAGAACUUUUGGGGAAAAAACAUCGGUUGUUUUCUGUGACUGGAAUAUCUAAUGUGCUGACAUCCUACAAAGUAAUAAUAUUGUACUGAGGAUGAUAGAAAAAGAGAUACAUCUACUAGAUUGUAGUGUUAUAGUAUAGUCCAAAUUUUUAGUGUGAGCAUACUUUAUUUAUGGAAUACAGUACCUGUAGCAAUGUAAAAUGUCAGAAAUAUUUUUAUAAAGUUUAUAUUGUCACAUUCUAUAGAAACAUUUUAUAAGUUAGUACUUGAGAAAACAUUAUUAUAGUAGCUAACCAUAUUUGUGUUAGGUAGACCAUGAUAGUAGAAGAAAACUCUAUGUCUGUUAAGUGUUAACAGCAUGAGAGUUUUCAUUAUUAAGUGGCAAAAAUAAAUUAUUUUUUGAAAUAAUUAGUUCAAUCAUUUUUAAUAUAUAUUUGAGCAAAUGAAAACAGCUUUACAUGGAAAUGAUAGAAAUUCAGUUGUUUGUAGAGAAAGAUUAAAUAAAAUAUUAAGUUGUGUCCACUUUUUGUGUAUUUAUUUAUAAUCUUGCUUAACCAAGAUUUUGUGGAGCUUGUAUAAAGGCAUAUCCAGGGAAUGAUUUUUUUAUAACAUUUUUGUUUUUUAUAUGUUAAUGUAUUUCUCUAAAAACGUAUAGGUAAAAAAAAUAUAUAUAUAUAUUGAGCAUGUGUUAAGCAGAGCCAUACCUUUUAACAUCUUUUUUGAAUUUUGUCUGAGGUAAAUAUAUAUAUAUAUAUAUAUACACACUUGAAGAUUAGUAUGUUGAGCUGCUAGGGACUUUGGGAAUUUAUUUAAGAUAUCAGAGGACUGAGUUGACCAAUUUGGAAUCUUGACAUUAGUUUCGAUGCACAAUUAAUAUGAAGUGUUAGUUACAGUAAAUUAUAAGGGAAGUGGAUAGGAUUGAUUUUUGACUUCAACAUCAGUCGUGUUUUUGAGAUAUCCAGUUUCAGUAUACCCAUGUUUGUACAGAAACGUUGUGAACAAAAUUAAGUUUUGAAACAUUUUCUGGUAACGUAAUAAAAACAAGUUUACUGUUAAUAAGUAAGUGAAAAAAUAUGAUUUUGGAAGUUUUAACUGAAUGUUUUUUUUAUGUAACUUUUGUUCACAUUUUAGAGUAGAUAUUUUCCACAACCUAAACAUUUAUAUAUUUUUUAAUCAAACAGUCAUAUGUGUUUUAGGGUAUUUUUAAAUGUUUUUUAUUUGCUGAAGUUAUGUUAGUUUGGUGCACUUAGACAAUGUAUAUAUUAUCCUAUUCUUUUUGACAGAGUAGAAAAAGGAAAAUGUAUGGGUUAUUAAAUUUUGAGAAAACUAACAGAAAAAAAGUCCCCUUAUAAACAAUGUCAUUGGUAUCAUUGUCUAUAUUAAGAUGCCACUAAAUCUGUUGGUUCUUCUUGGGAAACCUUUAGAGAAGCAAAAAUAGUAGAAGUUGCCAGUGGUUGGUGUUUUUGUUGCAUAGUGUUUGUGUAGGAUAUCCCAAAUAUUACUGAAACUUUUAUUGAAAGAAUUUUUAUGAAUACUUUUGAAAUGAAAAUUAUUUUAAGCAAAAUUCAGUGGUUUUAGAGAUCAGAUAAAUACUAAGGUACUUAUACUUGAUAUAACUUCAAUAAUGUUAUUAUUUCUAAACAAAUUUUAUACACAUUUCUGUGUACUUUGUUUAAAAUCAGCAUUAUCAGACUAUUAAAAUGACCUUUUAGGCAUAUGUUUUAUUCAGAUACACCAAGAAACUUUAUACAUAAUAACAUUGGCAUUUUUGUUACUCUAAAAAUGAUAAAACUUAGGAAGUUAGAGAUUAACUGAAGGAAGUGUGCAUGUUUUCUUGGAAACCUACUAUCUUUCAAGUAAUACCAAGAAAUGGUUUGGCUAUGAGGUUUACUGAUUAAGAUGUUUUUGUGUUUUAAUGUUUUCUAUGCUACUAGUCCACUUACUUAUAAAGUGCUUCAUUGAAAGCAGACUAAAAGUAGAACAAUUCUGAGAUAGAAUAUGAUUUAGUUAUGAUGCAUUUGUUUUGUGUAAAUCAUUUGAUAAGCAUUCUUUGCAUGGGAAAAAUAAGCACAUACAAAAAAUGUGUAAUACAUUUUUCUUAAAUGUUUUUAUUGAAGGUGGAACAGCAUACAGAAUGGAUUUUUCCUCAAUGUGAUGAAAUAAACAAAGUUGAUCAAGUACAUUAGCAUACAGUUUGUUCUCAAAAUAUGAUAUGCAUUUAAACAAAAAUAAUGGUGUAAAAUCUCAGUGCAGUGUGAUGGUUCAGGAUAACUGAAGUUGUAUUUUGAAACUUGUUUUCAGUUGUGGAAAUAAAGCAUAUUCUUUCCAGUUA